CAGUCAGGCUGGACAGCAGGGCCAGUCAGCCUGGACAAUACCAAUCAUUACCUGCUGUAAUAUUCACUGGUCUCAAUCCUGCUGACUUGUGAUCAAUACCUGUAAAACCAAAUCACAUCUUUACCUGUGUCUCAGCAGGAGUUUGCCGGGGAUCUGCGUGUUUGAGAGCUGUUGUUUGUCACAUCCUGUGAGUGGACUGUAACAUUGUGACCGCUGUUGCAGACAUCUUGACCGGUGGGACAUGGCGGAGGAUAGCGGGGGAAGCACCCGCAGCAGUGGAAGUGAGGGUACCCAACAGGUUUCCACCAAGAAACGUACACUUGAAAAUGGUUCAGACUUGUUCGGAGUUCAGCUUGAGGUGACCUCCCGACUCCUCGAGGCAGAGCAAAGAAAGCUGGCUGUGUACACACGCGAGCUGGGCCACCACAUGAGCGACCCAGGCCACCAUAAAGUCACGAGGAAGGAGUUGGAACAGCUGAAAAUCAAUAUCAGUCGUAUACGCCUCCAGUACGACCACUUAGAGAAGGAGUACAAGAUAGCAGCCAUGGGGGCGUUGCGGAGGAAUAACCAAAGAAAAAGGUCAUCCCGAAGUCAGCCAGCCAUUGGUCUCAAACAAACGUCCAAAUCUCGGCCGACAAUAUUUGGGACAGUAACCAAAGAACGGCCUCCGUCUGAGGACAAAAGGCGGCAAAGUGUGGGCCCCCAGAUGCUGAGCUUGGCCAGUAUGUUUGACAUGGCUGGCUCCGGCUAUGAUCAUGAUCAACUGCUCAACAUCAACGAAAAUGAUGCACUAAUUUUCCAGGAUGGUUACUUAAUAUCUGGCUCUUUAGAAGCUCUCACCCAGCACCUGGUGCCUACCUCAGAGUAUUAUCCAGAUAGAACUUACAUAUUUGCAUUCCUGUUGAGUUCCCGCUUGUUUGUUCGACCCCAUUGCCUUCUCCAUGAAGUCUGUCAGGUGUGCGUGUAUCAACAGAACCUGGCAGCUGAAAGUGUUAAGAAGGAAUCUCUGGGGAAAUUUGGCCCAAAUGUUGUACAGUUGUUAAGUGAAUGGACUGAGCUGUUCCCCUAUGACUUCCGAGAUGAGCGCAUGAUGAAACACUUGCGGGACAUCACUCAGCGCAUUGUGGCGAUACCAGAACUGAGGAAGGAAGUCGGCAAUCUAAUGCACAAUCUCUUCAACAGGUUGACUGGAUUACAGAAGUAUGAGGAAGUCCUGGGGAAGAUUAAUGCAGAAGUCAUUCAGAAAUCCCAAGCCAGUAUUGUACCCACGACUGACAUUAUGGAGAUUUGCAGCAGUCCCUUACAGCUAGCUCAGCAACUCACCCACAUCGAGUUAGAGCGACUGAGCCAGAUAGGCCCAGAGGAGUUUGUUCAAGCUUUCUCCAAAGAUUCCCUUGACUCUGAGACGUCAUUCCGUGACCUCAAGAAAACAAGUAACUUGGAGGCAUAUGUGCAUUGGUUUAACAGGGUCAGUUAUAUGGUGGCCACAGAGAUCUGCACGCAUUUAAAAAAGAAGAAUCGAGUGAAGAUGAUUGAAUUCUUCAUAGAUGUUGCCAAAGAAUGUAUUAAUAUUGGAAACUUUAAUUCCUUGAUGGCUAUUAUUGCUGGGAUGAACAUGAGCCCUGUGGCUAGGUUAAAGAAGACAUGGGCAAAAGUCAAUACAGACAAGUUUGAAAUCCUAGAGCACCAAAUGGAUCCCUCUAACAACUUUGGUAGCUAUCGGUCUUCUCUGAAAGCAGCCAUGUGGCGGUCAAGAGGAGCUGUGGAUGACCGAGAAAAGAUUGUCAUUCCAUUCUUCAGUCUGUUUGUCAAGGACAUCUACUUCCUCAAUGAAGGAUGUGCAAACAGGUUAUCCAAUGGGAAUGUCAAUUUUGAGAAAUUCUGGCAGCUUGCUAAGCAGAUUUCUGAUCUUAUCACAUGGAAACAGGUGGCUUGUCCCUUUGAAAGAAACAAUGAGAUUCUCCAUUAUCUUUUGACAACACCAAUAUUCAGUGAAACAACCCUGUCCCUGGCCUCGUUUGAGUGUGAAGCACCAGAAAGUCACUUUGAUAAAGAAAGGCACAAAGAACUGAAAUCCCAGGCAGGAUUGUGACAGGAUGGUAAAAAGGGCUGUGUCUCGUGAGAUAGACAAUGUGCAUCUGGGCCCAGACUUGUGGCAGGUUGCUCAAUAGAGUUGUCUCGUGAGAUAGACAAUGUGAUCUGGGCCCAGACAAAUCUGGGUGGCAGGUUGAUCAACACACCUGUGUCUGGUGAAAUAGACAGGGUACAUCUGGGCCCAGAGAGACUUGUGGCAGGUAGCUCAAUAGAGCUGUGCCUCCUGAAAUAGACAGUGUGCAUCUGGACACAAGCAGUAACAGGGUGAUCAAUAGAUGACUGUUAUUGUUUGAUCAUUAUUGCACAUGUUAUGUUAAGAAGGCAGACACCCUGAGAAACCUUGCUUGGCUGAUACAUUCCAAAGGGCAAGAGGAUAGCUCUGGUAUGACAUGAGGUGCCAUUGAAACAGCGGAUUGUCAACCCUGAGAAAGAUGCUAACUUAGCUAGCCCAUGUUGUCAGCUUACAGUUGAACGGCAAUUUGAACGGCAGAGUACAUUGGAGGGAAGAUCUCAGUUGUGGAUAGAACCAGCAGUUCUUUAGAAACGGCGUCAGCAGGGCUGAAAAUCUGGGUUAUCCUCUGUUCUAAUGUUACUUUCUUCACACCACCACAUUUCAGUAGAGGUGAUCCAUGAACUCUGCUUUACCUUCAUGUGUGAGGUGAUGUUCACAUGACCAAGAUGUUGUGGAAGUUUCACUGACAGAAUCAUGAGGAGUGCAUUGUGGCAUGUACAUUUAAGCUGAGCCCUGAUGUAAGUGUACAUUUAAGGUCAAAACUUAGUUUGAGAACUUUGGUGAACAGAGGGAAAUCUACUUUAAUGCAUCUGGACUGCUGACUGUCACAACUUUUUUGUGGCCAGCAAGGAGACUAAAGGUAUUGCCUGUAGUCUUGUCAGCCCUUUAUAAGUGAAUGCAAUUUACAAUCUCAUGAGUCACAAAACCUUUGGACUGAACGAGUUUGAAAUCUUGACCAGUCUGUGGCUGGACCAUACCAGACAUUGGUCAGUUUUUGUUCAGUUUGACAUUGAUGGUGCUUCUUGACUGGAAAUAGUGCUUGUUUUGCUGGAGAAUGAACCCAGACAAUGAUUGGCAAAUUUGGUAAAACCUGUUUUACUUACAAUUGUUUAUAGUGCACAGAUGGUGUUGAUGUAUGUCACAGAUAUUCAUUGUGUUGUAGACAGAAAUUGAUCAGCUGGGCUUUUUUCUGUUUGACAAGUUGAAAUGCUAUAGGCAUAGUUGCUGUUCGUCUGCAUUGUACAGUGUACAUAUUUGUAUGUAUAAAUGUCAUAGCUCUAAUUCACCAUUCCACAGAGGUGUGUCGGAUUUCAUUGGUUGACAUUUUUGUCUACUUUUAUGAUGAUUUUUGUGUUGAGCCUUAAACUCUAUAAAUCAUUUCCUCUAAAAGGCUAUGUCCUUUAUUUGUACAUAUUUACAUCAAUAUAAGAAACAUGUUACAUACAUGAGAUUGAGAGAUAUAUUUUCUCUUUGGCGGGUCUCUUUCACUAUUCCUUUUUCAUGGCUAAAAGUUAAUAUAGCCUUGAAAAAUUGUCUGCUUUUUGUAUCAUCUAGCACAGACUUCUCUUUCCCCAUAGCACCAAUUUGUAAGUGUCAUCUGGCACAAAUUUCUCUUUCCCCAUAGCACCAACUUGUAAGCGUCAUCUAACACAAAUUUCUCUUUCCCAAUAGCACCAGUUUGUAAAUUAGAUUUAACUGAUGUUCAUUAACAAAGAAUUUCAAUUGAAGAUGUAUAAUGUGGAGUUUCCAAGUCUCUUCUAGUAGCAUCUCUGUGCAAUCGGUAUCUUUAUCAUCUUUAUCCUAUUAACUGUAUCCAAAUGUUCGACCUGUAAAUACUGGUCACUAGUUUUUACGCACAUUCAUUUCAUGGUUUUAUUUAACAAACAGCUAAAUUUUCGAAAUACAUAUCAAGUGUCUGGAGCACUUUGUGAUGUUGUUAGUGUACUGUUCGUUUUUGUUUUUCCAUUUGUUAAGAGACAUUCCUUGUAAAUAAGAAUUUGUAAUGCUCUAUUUUGGUCAACUGUGCUAAUUUGACAAAGUAGUUUUCUCUUUUUGAUAAUUUUACGUGAUAGUGUCUUUGUUGUUGCAUUAGUGUGCAGCUUAGUUAAAGCAUUAAUUGUUAAUGACAUUUUUUCUGCCUACAUGCAAUUGUAGCUUUUACAAUUUUGCACUUUGACUCCCCCAACCGUGUUGAUGGAGUUCUGAGUCUCUUCAAAACAAAGAAAGUUUAAUAACAUUAAGGCCAACACAAUGCAGUUGAGUUGUAUGCGGUAACUUAACAGAGCAUCUAUGAAAAAUUGUACACUGUGGAAAACAGAUCCAGUUUACAUUUUCCAAAAAACAGUCCCUUAUUUUUUCCUAAGCAGUGAUGAAGCAGUUAGAAGCCAAUAUUUCACUCUUACAGUGUAGAGUUCAUAGUUUCCUUCACAUUGGUGACAGAAUCCAAUAUUUCUUCCUUGCAAUGAUAACAUUAGUAGAGGACAAAGUGUCAUUCUUCCAGUGGUGAAAAUAUAUAAGGUCUUAGUCCGUUCUUCAUGCUUACAGGGAAUAUGUGCCUGGUAAUGUAAGCCAGUAUAGAAGAUUAAAAUAUGUGUAUGUGAUGAGUAAAAGAAUUGAAUUGUGUGUAUGAUGAGGUAUUGACUUUGAUACUGUGGUGUACAUUUGUCAAUGUUUGUGAAAACUUAAUCUUGAGCACUUGGUACUGAACUUACUGGAUGUGUACACAUUUGGUACUGAACAUGCUGGAUUUCUGCACAUUUGGAACUGAACUUGCUGGAUUUCUGAACGUUACGUACUGAACUUGCUGGAUUUCUGAACGUUACGUACUGAACAUGCUGGAUGUCUGCACAUUUGGAACUGAACUUGCUGGAUGUCUGAACGUUACGUACUGAACUUGCUGGGUGUCUGCACGUUUAGUACUGAACUUUCUGGGUGUCUGGACCUUUGUAUGCUACUUGCAUAUAGUAUUAGUUGACGUAGUUAACUUAAAUAUGGCAGCAACAAACAUGCGAUCUGAUUUUAACUGGCAGUAGAUUGGUUUAGGGACUUCACCACAGACUUUUUCCUGCAUUUUGAAUUGGUUAAAAAACAUUUUAUUCAAAUUAAAUUUUGUGUCUGUGAAUGCGUGUUAUAAAGUGUGGAUGUGUGGUAACCUAUUGUGUAUCGAAAACAGAAGGCCUAUUAUAUUCAGCUGCUUUUCAAAUUGUCUGUAAGUCACAUUUGCCCUGUUUUUACACUGAUAAAGUUUCCUUCGGAUCACCUGAUACAUGUUUAAAAGCGUUAAAAACAAAAAAGACCCCCCCCCCCAAAAAAAAAAUAAAAAAAAUAAUGGCACGGAUGUUUUUAGGCAUUGUGUACAAAGAUUGACGUAGAAUAUUUAACCUCCAUGGUGUGAAGAGCUGGUUUACUUGGAGUAGAGAAUUCGUGAACAGACCCAAAGUGCUUAUGAGGAAUCUCUUAGAUUGGUGUUAAAAUGGUUAGCUUUAUGCUAAUGCUAUUUAUUUUUAUAUAUAAAAAAACUGUUACGUAUUUGGCAUCAGCAUCUGACUAUCAUUGGAAUGUAUAUUGUCACCUUAUUUUUAUACACUGACUGAAUGGAGAUCUCCACGUGCAGAGAUCUGCUGUUGGAUUUUUCCCUGGAAAAAUCUUUGCAAUCAUUCUUCCUGACCCAAUUUACUGUUUUCACAGACCCUGCGUCUAACUGAGGUUAAUCUUUACACACAACCAGCAAUCAUUGAUAGCAAUAUGUAUAUUUAUAUAAUUAUAUGUUCAGAAUAAACCACUUCGC